CUCGCUUCGUGUUUUGCUUUGGGGUUUCAUAUUUCUGUGCCAUCGUUCCGAACUCUUCCAAGUAUUUCUUCUCUACCAAGUUUGUGCGCGUUUCAGGCGCUUGGAUUGCCGUCCCGUCACCUUGGCUGCAGAAAGGAGAGAUGGCGGCUUUAAGGGUUUUUUCUCGGAUUCCGAAGGCGUAUGCGCAGCUCCUUCCCGUCCGCGCUUCCUUGCUCCCGAAGUUGCUCUGCGGUUGCUCCGAUUUCGGUCAGCCUGCUUCGAGCUUGUCUAAGUGGCUACCCAAUAAUAUGAAUCUGUUAAGACAUCCAUAUCAUAGGGAAGUUGCUUUUCAAAGAUUUGGCUUUUCAUCCUCUGCAUUUUCUCAAGCCACUGAGAAGGUGAGCCAAUCUGGGGACCGGGAUAACAGUUCUUCAAAAAUAUCUGAUCCUGCUCAAGAAACUUCUGAAGUUGAAAUGGCUGGCAAAUCAACUGAAGCCAAUGGUGAUACUCCAGCUCCAGAACAGUCAAAUGGUGCAGGUUUUAGUUCAAAUUAUGAACACAGCGAGUCCCAAUCUAGCAAAAAGCGCAGGGGAAGAGCAACUAAAAGAACUGAAUUUUCUGAGUCUGAUACAGAACCAGAGUUGUCUAUUGAAGAGCUAAUAAAGCUUGUUGCUGAGAGGGAUGAUUCACUAAAAAUAAAGCAGAAGGAGAUUGAAAAGAUGCAAGAGAAAGUUCUUCGUACUUAUGCUGAUAUGGAAAAUGUUCUCGAAAGGACAAAACGUGAGGUAGAAAACUCAAAAAAGUAUGGAAUUCAGAAUUUUGCUAAGGGCCUGCUUGAUGUUGCUGAUAAUCUUGGAAGAGCUUCAAGUGCUGUCAAAGAGAACUUUUCGAAGAUUGAUCAGACUAGUGACAAUGAAGGGGUGACCCUUUUGAAAUCCCUUUUGGAAGGUGUUGAAAUGACUGAAAAACAACUUGCGGAGGUUUUCAGGAAGUUUGGGAUUCAAAAAUAUGAUCCGUUGAAUGAAAAUUUUGAUCCGCACCAACAUAAUGCAGUCUUUGAAUUACCUGAUGCGUCGAAACCACUUGGAGUAGUAGUUGUUGUUUUGAAGCCGGGUUAUAUGAUACAUGACCGUGUCCUCCGUCCAGCCGAAGUUGGCGUAAGCAAAGCACCCCCUGAUGAAAGUUAGAGACUAACAUAUAUAUAUACAUUUUUUCCUUCAUUUUUUGUUGUCAGGUUUUAGGGUGGAUUUGGUAAAUGAAAUGAACUGAAUAUGGUAUUAUUUAUCAAAGUAAUAACUGUAUGUUGGCAAAAUAUGCAAAUAUUUUUUUUUUUUAUUUUUAAUCGGCUGUUUGUCUCUUUCAUUGUUAAUGGUGCCAUCUGCAUGAGGAUGAAGGCUGAAGUUUUGCUGUAAGACCAUUUGAGUUUCUCAAAUGAAAUGUAUGAGGUACUGCUUCUCUUUUAUUUAAU